CUCAGAGCUCCGCGAUGCGCAUCUCCCCGCCGGUUCUCCCUGUGUUUGCAGUCCGUUCAGCGUCGGUUUGCGGAUCCGCCGUCCGUCCAUGAGAAGUGCAGCGGCGGCGCUGUCGGUGUGUGUGCUCGCGGUGUUGCUCCACUGGAUUUGCUGGACGGACAGAAGCGCGGAGCUGCUGGGUUUCAGAGCUGCAGACAGACCGAAGGCUGAUGUGCGAGAGGUGUUGGUGGGUGUUUUAUCAGCUCGUCACAAUCAUGAGCUCCGGCAGGCCAUCAGAGACACGUGGCUGGGGUACCUAAAACAGCACCCGCACUUCCAGAACCGGGUCCUGGUGAAGUUCAUCAUCGGGGCUCAGGGCUGCUCGGUGCCGCUGGAGGAUCUGGAGGAUCAGUAUUCCUGCUCUCAGCUGGAGCUCAGUGAAGCCGCAGUGUCUGGACAGGAGAUGGCGAUACUGAGCGUCCCAGACUCGUCUGCGCUGCUGCAGUCUGACGUCCCGGUGCUCAGUCUGGACUUUAAGGUCCUUCACUCAGUGGUCAUCACUCAGCUGGGGGUCUUUCCUAAUAAACCACCACAUUACUUAAAGGGGAACAUCACUGUACGGCUCCUCCAGGUGGACCAGGAGGAGGCAGUGAUAAGCGCUCGCUUCAGCUCAGUGAGUCCAGGAACUGCUGCUGAUGGGAUGUUUUACAAACCCGUGGAGCAGUUCAUCCUUCCAAAGGGGUUUGAGGGAUCUCUGCUCUGGGAAGCUGAGGACUCCACUGCUCUGAUGUCUGUCAACACGUCAGCACUGCGGCUCAAUAACGGGGGAGGAGUUCUCCACUUCAGAUCGAUUGAGGAGGGAACGUUGCCUCACAGAAAUGCUUUGGGCUUCCCGGGCUUAGCUGGAGGAUUUACCUUUACAGUGUACGAUGUGGAGGUGUUGUCUGAGAUGCUGCGUGGACGUUCAGGACGACAGAAAAUCCGCGAGGCGCAGCUAAAAGGGGAGGACGAAGCCCUGCAGGAGGAGAGUCUCAGGCACGGAGACAUGGUGUUUGUGGACGUGGUGGACACUUACAGGAACGUGCCGUCAAAACUGCUGCAGUUUUAUAAAUGGUCUGUGGAGAACGCUGACUUCAGCCUGCUGCUCAAGACUGAUGAUGACUGCUUUAUCGAUGUAGAUGCCGUCCUGAUGAAGAUGCAGCGCAGACGCCUCACACACACCAGCCUGUGGUGGGGAAACUUCCGUCAGAACUGGGCUGUGGAUCGUGUUGGUAAGUGGCAGGAGUUGGAGUACGCCAGUCCUGCGUAUCCAGCGUUUGCCUGUGGAUCUGGAUAUGUGGUGUCCAGAGAUCUGGUGCAGUGGCUCGCCAGCAACGCUCAACACCUCAAAGCCUACCAGGGAGAGGAUGUGAGUAUGGGCAUCUGGAUGGCUGCUGUUGGGCCUCGCAAAUAUCAGGAUUCAGGCUGGUUGUGUGAGAAGGAGUGUUAUGUGGACAUGCUGUCGUCUCCUCAACACUCUGCAGAGGAGCUGCGUUUGCUCUGGAGCCGCAAGAACAAGUGUGGAGAUCCCUGUGGCUGCUCAUGAACACACACACACACACACACACAGCUGCACUGAUGCCAAUAUGACGUUUACUGAUCCUUUAUAAGCCUGAUCUGACGCUGGUUUCAUUCUCACGUUGACUUUCUAGAUCCACUAUGAGAUGUCAGAUAGACACAGGGUUUGUGAACGGCCAGGGCAGCUUUCUUUGUGUUCUGUUUGUCUGCCAGAUUUGAUGAGUCUGUGAUAGCUGAGCUGGAGGCCAAAGCGGGUACGUGGAAAUGUUGAUUUGUAAACAAUAAAACACUGCAACCUGA